AUGGCCGCAAACGACUACUACAAUACAUAUCCUACCGCACACGCCAGUCCCUACCAUGACUACGACUUUCCCGACCGCCACGACGGUCCCCUACCGCCGCUGCCGCAUCCAUCCCAAUCCCCCUUCGACCCCGACGCACACAGCACAUAUCUAGGCCACCAGCACCCUCCGCAGUCGUACACAGGCGCGAAUGGGAGGAUACACGAUGACGCGGAUCCCUUUGAAGAUGACAAUGCGAUCCCUUUGAACGGCAGAAAACCCAAGCACGACUCGACGCAUACCAUUUCCCCUAUACUACCGCACGAGCAGGACGACCCCUUCGUAAGAGAUGCAGACCCGCGGAAACAGAAGCACAAGCGGACACGCAGCAGACAGGGCUGGUUCAGAGGCAAAAUCACAUGGGUGGUGUACGUUCUGACGCUUGCACAAUUGAUCGUCUUCAUUGCGGAGAUCAUCAGGAAUGGUAAGGCAGAAACAAAGCCUCCACAUCUUGGACGGACUGGCUAACGUGUCGGCAGCGGUUCUGACCAAGUCUCCGAUCGAGAUUCACCCGUCUUUCAAUCCCAUGAUCGGGCCAUCGCCCUAUGUACUGAUCAACAUGGGUGCUCGCUAUCAGCCUUGCAUGCACACUAUGCCCGGAGUACAGAACGCCAGCCAGUCCAUCUCGUGGCCCUGUCCGAAUGCCACCGCAACGACUGGCGACAGUGUCACCUGCCAGCUUUCUGAUCUUUGCGGAUUUAGUGCCGACCUCAAUCCCAAGGUCGGUGGAAGUCUGAGUGACAAACCCGCACCUGACCAGUGGUGGCGCUUCAUCGUGCCCAUCUUCUUGCAUGCGGGUAUCAUCCACAUCGGCUUCAACCUGCUCUUGCAGCUUACCUUGGGUCGCGACGUGGAGCUGCUGAUCGGCAGUGUUCGAUUUGCAAUUCUCUACUUCGCGGCCGGUAUAUUUGGCUUCGUGCUUGGCGGCAACUUCGCAGCAACGGGGAUAGCAUCCACUGGCUGCUCAGGUAGUCUGUUCGGCAUUCUGGCCAUCACUCUGCUGGACCUGCUCUACCACUGGAAGGAACGCGAUAGCCCAAUCAAGGACUUGAUGUUCAUUAUUGUGGACGUGCUCAUUGCAUUCGUGCUUGGUCUGCUACCGGGACUCGACAACUUCUCACACAUUGGUGGCUUCCUCAUGGGCCUCGUACUGGGCAUCUGCCUCCUGCGUUCACCGCACGCCAUCUCAAGACGCACCUCGCAGGACAUCUCCGCCGUGUACUCGCAGGUUGCUCGCCAGAAUGACCGCAACAAUGGCCUUCGAAGCUUCAUCAAGAAUCCGCUUGGUUUCUUCAAGGACCGCAGAGGUGUUUGGUGGGCCUGGUGGCUUGUGCGCGCCGCAGCUCUACUCGCUGUCUUCAUCGCAUUCAUUUUGCUGCUCAAGAACUUCUAUGUGUGGAGAAACGGCUGUACUUGGUGCAAAUAUCUGUCUUGCCUGCCCAUCAAGGUUGGCGGCACAGACUGGUGCAAUGUUGGUAAUCUCGACUUUACGCAAAAGACGACGAAGCGAAGCUUGUUGGAAAUGACGAAGGAGGUUUUCGAAUCUGCGCGCGGUUCGAGGGUUUAG